AUGUCAGCUCUCAAAGGCGCCACAGCGCCUAUAUACUUUGGCUCCUUCAUUGUUACACCACAGCACACCAACCUAACUAACAACUCACUACUAAACCGCAGGUCUUCCACACAACCCCCCCUAACCUUUGCCCUGGUAAACUUGAAACCAAUUCUCCCAGGCCACGUCCUAGUCUCCCCACGACGUGUUGUCCCCCGUGUCACAGACCUCACCCCCGCGGAAACAAGCGACCUCUUCGUAACCGUGCGGCGCGUGGGCCGUAUGCUCGAGCGCAUAUACGGUGCCACUAGCUUGAACAUCGCCAUUCAGGACGGCGCUCACGCCGGCCAGAGCGUGCCGCAUGUCCAUGCGCAUAUCAUACCGCGCAAGGCGGCGGACCUGAGACCAUGCUGGUGGCAUGGAUGCGAUUUAUGA